GUUUAUAUUUGUAUAGGGGGUCCUCCUGGAGAGCAUGUAGUUGAAGCAUGGAAGGAGAUCCAUGUGAAAAAACCGUCUGGAACUUUCGUUAAUGAAUUAGCUGCAAAAGAUUAUGAGGAACUGAUCAAGGAGCUUGAUAGGAAGCGACUGGAACGACAAUCCCAGAGCGAUACUGGGACUGAAUCUGAAUCUGAUACUGGUUAUCAGUUUGACGUUAUGGAAACAGUCCUAGGCCAAAGAUCUGACUAUCAAAGAGGCGUGGGUAAAAGGCUCAAGGGCAAAGGAAAGAAACCAAUCCCUCAAACUCAAUCAACGGUGCCUCCCCAACCAACUACUGAAAUGAUGAGCACUGUGGCAGAUAUAUUCUCAGCUAUGCGUGCCACUUGGGGGGGUAAUUUGACGCCUGAACAACGUGCCCAAAUAUUUAACCCACGCUUUGACAAUUUCAUUCAAACGUAUAGUCAGUCGCAGUCGCCUGGUGGUUCGUCUUCUCAGAGUCAUGCCGCUCCUCCGGAACAGCAACAACAACCUCCUUCGCAACCACAAUUUCAGCCUUCCUCGCAACAACAAUUCCAAAAUUUGUCACAGCAGCAAUUUGAAAUUUUUUUGCAGCAGCAACCCCAAUCUUUUCCUCAGCAGUUUCCUCAGCAGCAACAACAGUCUGCUCCGCCAAUGGGAAAUCAGUUCUUAUACCGUACACCGUCAGAGUCUCCUCCGCUCGGCUCAAACUUUGCUGAUUUUGGAUUAUUUGGGAGUUCAUCGCAGGAGAACCAAUUUUUUUCAACUCCCAUUUUCAACCAAGCUGAGCUCGGUAAUUUAACGCUGGGUUUAUCAUCAGACCAAGCGUAUGUGCCUUCUCCGCCACGGGCUUCGGGGACUCGUACCGAAAAUAAUCCAGAUCAAGACUUCAUAAUUAGAGACCUGAAUGAAGAUGUUAAUGAAUAAUUUAUUUAUGUUUUGUAAUAAUUUAGUUUAAUUUUGAGACAAUAUUUUAUUAGUAUUAAUAUGUUAAAGUUAAUUACUUUGGAGACAAUUUUAAAUUAUUAAUAAAUUUUAUUAAAUUGUUCUAAUUAUAUUAAUUAGAUUUAUUUAUUAAAUAUUCGUAUAAAUAAUUAAUUAUUUAUUUAUAUAUAACAUUAAUAUAUAUUUAUUAUUUAUAAAAAUUUUUUAUUUUUUUUUAUUUUAAUGGGUAAUAGCGGCGGAGCAAUAGCGUCGGGAC